AUGAACAGCAGCCGCUCUGACUAUGAGAGAGGAACUUCGCGCGUGCACACGGUCUGCCGGUCCCAGCCGAGCGAAGGAACAGCCAUGGUGUUAAAUUCCAAAGAAGAUAAGUUCUGGAACAAGUUUUUCUCGGCUUUUUUGCACUGGGAAUUCAUUCGAAUUACAGCAGCGUACCCUGAGGUUUUCCAAGUCCCCCCAUCGGGCUUCUACCUGUCCUGUGCGUUUAGAAACUCUUCCUCGGACUACUCUGCACGGAGCGGAACUUUACACAACGUCUCGCGUUUCCCUUUGGAUUCCGACAUCUUAAAUCCCGGGUGGAAUUCCCGGUGCCACCGUUUACCGGACUCGAGAACCCAGGAGCCGUCCUCCUGCUGCCUCUGGGAUGGAAAUCAUACAAGCGCCUCCGGUGAUGAGGAACGCGCCAAGCGGGAAAACAACGUUUUAUCAUUUCUUCCUCCAGAUCUGCAUGGAUUAGAUCUUACAUGGGGGAUACAAUGCUGGAUUCAAGAAGGAACAGACCGGCUAACCUGCGAGAUAAAGUUAUUAUCCGAUAACACCGACGGGGUAACGGAAUUCGCACUGAACCUCGCCCAGUUGUCGGGGGAAGGCGGAUCUGCCGAUUGCCGGUGUGGAGGAUUUGCAGUGUGUGAGUGUCUCCUGCCCGGCGUGAACCUCACGGAUUCCUAUAUCCUAUAUGUAGAAAUUCACGACGACAGCACCCAGCUCGUGUCCCCCCCGGUAUACAUCGCGCCUUCCCGAAUAGUCAAGCCUGAUCCACCAGAAACGGUAAGAAUGGAAAUAACAGAACGAGGGGCUGUGACGGUGAUUUGGUCCAAACCGAGUUCAGCAUCUUCUGAACUUCUGUAUCAAGUGAGACAUUUGGUGAAUUCAUCGGAAAAAAGCACAGAGGUUUACCUUCUCAGCAGAGAAACGUCGGUCACCAUUUCUGAAAUCCUUCCGUGCGCUGUAGUCUUCGUCGAGGUGCGCUGCAAAAUUCUUCAAGGAUCCGGGGUCUGGAGCGAAUGGAGCCGACCGGGGGUGUUCGAUACACGAGAUAUUGUGUAUUCUCCCCAGAAAGUCCUGGCCAGCGCCGGGUCCAACGUCUCAGUCUAUUGUAUCUACUGCAACCAAAACAGGAAGGUUCCGUCCCGAGACAUGAAGUGGUGGUUUGAUUUGGCCAAGAAAGUCCCCGCUGAGCAGUACUCCGCCGUCAGCGAUUACGUCGGCAAAGUCACGUUACUCAACCUCAACACCUCCAAACCGAAGGGCAAGUUUAACUACGAUGCGUUACAUUGCUGCAUCCAGAACAACCAGUGCCAUCACCGCUACGCGGAAAUCCACGUUCUAGACACCAACAUCAGCAUCGCGUGUGAAACCGACGGGAGACAAACCACCAUGACCUGUCGGUGGAGCACAAAGCAGAUUCCUUCACUUCAGGGAAGUUCCUUUGAGUUCAAAUUCUACAGGAAUAAAGUUUAUUGCUCAAAGACAGACAGAGUGAAGAACGCGUCCACCUUAGCGGAUUGUCAAAAACAGAGGGACGGCUCCUUCCAAUGCGUAUUUCAAUCCAUUUAUAUCCUGUCCGGUUACACGAUGUGGAUUGAGAUUAAGCACCCGCUGGGAACCCUCUAUACCCCCCCGCAGUGCGUUCUGCCUAUAGAUGUCGUAAAACCUUUGGCUCCGUCGGGCGUGGAGGCUCAGAUUACCGAGGGCACCGGGGAUUUACGAGUCAGCUGGAAACGGCCUUCCCUCCCAGCCUAUGAGCUCCGGUACCAGCUCCGGUACCGCCAAGAAACCCAAGACACCACCUGGAAGGUGAUGGAUAUUUCUAGAAAUGAAUUUGCCGACAUACAGGUAGCGGAGCCCUGCCUGACAUACAGCGUCCAGGUGCGCUGCCGGCGGAGCGACCACAGCGGGUUUUGGGGAGAUUGGAGUAACCCCGUUCAUACAUCUUUAAAAGACAUCCGAGCUCCUUUAAAGGGACCGGAUUUUUGGAGAAUCGUACCAAAUAAUCCAAUACAAAAAGGAGACAAUAUCACUCUGAUCUGGCAGCCUGUAGGGAAGGAGCUCUCGUUAUGUAGCAUCAGAGGAUACAAGAUUUUUCAUCAGGUCGCGAAAAACGUGAGCUGGACCGAAUAUUUAGGAAACGUCACAAGAUACACCUUUCAUUUACUGGACGAGGUCCAUACGGUGACCGUCCUCGCAAUCAACUCCCUCGGCUGCUCCGUGAUCAACAGCAAUUUAACGUUCUCGCAGGAAAUGAGCGCAGUGCGUUCUGUGCACUCGUUCCGCGUGUAUUUUAUAAACAGCAGUUGCGUGGCUGCCGUGUGGAAGUUGCUGCCGGUGGCGUACGGUCUUUCGGGGUUCGUCAUUGAAUGGAGGAACCUGCGAGAUGAAGGCCGCGUGCGGUGGGUUCCGGUUCCAUCGAAUGUCAGCAGAUAUUAUAUUGAAGGCAGUUUUUACGCCAUUGAGAAAUAUCAGUUCCGUCUGUACCCGGUGUCCCCGGAAGGGAUCGGCAGCCCCGGGGUCACCGAGGAAUUCACCAAAGCGGAUCGAGACGAAGCCCCGAACGAUAAAGGAGUUUAUGUCAUCUUACCAAUAAUCAUUCUGUCGUCUCUCCUGCUGCUGGGGACGCUUAUUGUUUCGCACCAAAGAAUGAAAAAAAUGUUCUGGAAAGAUGUUCCGAAUCCUAAAUAUUGUUCUUGGGCUCAAGGCGUCAACUUCCAAAAGCCAGAUACUCUAGAAAACCUUUUUAUCAAACCCCACGAACGCCUGCCGCCCACUUCUUCUCUCCUCAUGGAACCCGAAGCCGCUUUUGAAAACCUGUUCAUAGACAAGGCUCUCCGAAAGGAGGUCGCAGACGGCGGGUCCAUCCUCAGCGGCUUCCUCGCUUCGUCCGAAGACCCCGACCGCGACUCGGCGUGCGCCACGAGCCACUUUGGCAGCAGCUGCGUUUACCAAGAUGGCGCCGACGAGACGGACUACCGGGUCAGCUCGUGCCAAUCCAGCGUCCAGUACGCAACGGUGAUCACCAACCCUCCACCCAACAGCAGACACAUGGAUGAUAGGAAAGCGAGCGUCAGCUCUUUCGACGGAUGCUUUCUGGGAAAUAAGACCAUAGUUAUUGGGAAUCUAAGGGAAGACAAACAAUGUAUCAUUCUGACGGGACUGGAACCAAAACCACCGAACAAACGCUCCUCCAACUCAACCGUUUCUUCUGAAGGCUUCUCGGAACCUUCGGACCACGACGGAAACUUCACGGAUUUCGUGGCCACGGAGCAAGAACUUUAUUACCUGGGCCUUGGGUCUCAAAGCGAUCCAGAUAACUAUUUCUCGGAAGAUUCUUUAGCGACGUUUCCCUUCCAGGAAAAUCUCCCCUAUAAAGAGAUCGGCUUCGUGAAGGACAAAUCCUAUGACUUCCUCGAUGACGAGUACCACGCCAUGGGAUCCGCUAAGAAGGAUCUGUUAUCUUACAUGCCGCAGUUUCAGCCGCAUCGUCCGCUGCUUCAAGGGACAAAUAAAACAGACGUUUACGAUCUGUGCACAUGAAGCAUUUGCCGCGGGGAAGCAGCAGAAGAAGAAGUGUUAGCUCUGUUGUCACAAAAUUCUAAUGCAUUGAAAGCAUGCAGUGGGGAUAUACUGAGCAGAUGACGGGAG